UACACUUGCACUAUACCCACAUCCCAUGUUUCCAUAAAUAAAGUCCGUCCACCUCUUAGUGCUACCUUCCAUAGUCCCCUCAUGUUCCGGAGAUUCACAGGCAUCUGGGUGAAGCAAUGUCUUCUUAUUUCUGUACUGAAUGAAUGAUAGCUUAAGUUUUGAAUUUGUGCUCCGUUUCCAGGCCAAGGGGGACAGACUAGUGAAAUUAAUCACAUUCCAUCUAUGGAAGUACUGGUUCCUCAGGAGAGGAGACCAAUGUUUCAGAUGUGGUUUCACUAAGGCAGUGAAAUACCGUUGACCUGAUACGUUCCCUGUUUCUAUCACAGAUUUCACUCGCCCUAAUGGACAUUUCCACCAUUUUCUGAUAGAAUUGGGUUAGAUAUGCAGGUAAGAGUUGACCCCCCCCAGUGGCGUUGGUCUUCAUCAUCACUGUGUGCUUCCUCAGUCAUAGAGUGGAACUUUUCUCUUCAAACACUCAAUGCCCGACUGGGUCGAAAACCGUAGGCCGCACUCCGCCAAGACAGGCCAGGACGACCCUCUCGUCGCACCCGGGAUGCGCGCCACCCGGGCGGGGCGAGAGGCGGCCGCUCGAGCUCGGGGAGGCUGACCCAUGACGUAGCGUGGUCGUCAUGGAAAUCUGCAAGGGGCGGGCUGGAGCCUGGGUGAACAUGCGCACAAGGUCGAGGAGCCAUAGCGGAACCCUUGGGUUAGCAGGGUCUGUUCGCUGCCCGUGAGCACCUGCAAUCGGUUCGCGACCGCGCAGCCGACUGUGGCGGCGUUUUACACAGGAUGGCUGGCGAGGGGAUCCCGAGUGAUCCUGGAAACCUGCCAAUUUUUGAACAACUUGGAUUUGACCAGAGUUCAGAUUUCUCAGACACGUCAUUCCAGCAGAAAUUGGAUGAAGCCAAAGAGCAGAUUAAACGGGAGAUCAGGAAAGAAUUGAAGAUAAAAGAAGGUGCAGAGAACCUGCGAAAAGUGACUACUGACAAGAAGAACCUGUCCAAUGUAGAACUUGUCCUGAAAAACUCUAAUCGAAAACUGGAGAAGUUACAUGAACAGCUACAGGAACUUGAUGCACAUAUUGUGGUGAAAGACCCUGACGAAUUGCAAGAUGGACCACAGUCUCCUGGUACUUUGAGCCGGGAGGCUCGUUCGACUGCAAACAAGAACCGGAUUGUAGCACUUGAAAAGCAGCUUGACAUAGAGAUGAAGGUGAAACAAGGUGCUGAGAAUAUGAUCCAGAUGUACUCCAGUGGACCCAUUAAGGAUCGGAAGAUGCUGUCUGCUGCUCAACAGCUGCUGCAGGAUAGUAAGACCAAAAUUGAAGUGAUCCGUAUGCAAGUUCGGAAAGCGAUACAGGCAGAUGAACUGCAAGUAGAAAUUGAGGAUGGGCAAGCCAAGCCAGAUAUAAGUCUCCUGGAACUGAGGAUUGAGGAAUUACGACAUCACUUCCGUGUGGAGCAUGCAGUGUCAGAAGGUGCCAAAAACGUCCUCCGUCUGCUGGGAUCAGGGAAGGUCCAUGAUAAGAAAGCACUGUCUGAGGCUCAAUCCAGGCUGAAUGAAUCAAGUGAAAAAUUGGACCUUUUAAAACAUUCUCUGGAACAAAGAUUAAAUGAGCUUCCAGAAGAUCAUCCCAAAGGGUGUAUUAUUAAAGAGGAACUUGUCAUGGCCUGCUCUCAAGCAUUCAGCAAUCGGAGCAGUACUUCCUAUCAACAGAACCAGUAUAGCACACUGUACAAGCCUUCACCAUUAACAGGCACGUUGGAGGUCCGAAUUGUGGGUUGCACGGGUCUUUUGGAGUCUGUUCCAGGUCGUUCUCGAGGGUCUGGCAUCCUCCUACCAGCCUAUAGUCCCAGUGAAAGUCGGAAUUCUUUCAUGGGCAGGACCAGCCGAGGUCUAUACGGAAGGAGUGGCAGUGGGAGCGGUCGCUACUUAAUCAAAACCGAAGACUUAUCUAAUGAAGUGAGUGCUGUCCUGAAGCUUGACAACAUAGUCGUUGGCCAGACUGCAUGGAAGUCGAUAGGUGAACAGUCAUGGAAUCAGAAUUUCACAGUGGAGUUGGAACGUAAUCGGGAAUUGGAGAUCAGUGUGUACUGGCGGGAUUGGCGUUCUCUCUGUGCAUUGAAGUACCUCAAGCUGGAAGAUUUCCUGGAUAAUCAGCGGCAUGAAAUUCAUUUGGAUUUGGAGCCUCAAGGGGUGCUGCUGACCGAGGUCACAUUCUGCAAUCCAGUGAUUGAGCGAAUACCCAAACUGCAACGACAGAAAAAGAUUUUCUCUAAGCAGCAAGGGAAGGCUUUCCUUCGAGCUCCUCAGAUGAAUAUCAACAUUGCUACUUGGGGUCGAUUGUUGAGAAAAGCAUUUCCUACUGUCAACUCCACUGGGACGUACAGUCCUUCGUCUUAUAUGGCUGCUGUCUCCGAGGGUCGGCAGUCACUAUCCAACAAUAUGCCUGGGGACAUGUCAUUUGAGAAAUUGACAUUAGAUUUGCCAGAUGAACCUUCGAGCACACCUCGGAAAGCUUCCCUGGAUUCACGAAGCAGCCACAAUGGAGAGAGGCCAAUGCAGACCAAUGAGACUGAUGUCAAUCAAACUGCUUCUCCACGAAGGCGGAUUUUAUCGUCGUCUGACACAGAAGAUAAACAACAGAGUGUACCUCUCAAACCUUCGUUGAGUCUACACGAUUUCAAAUUCAUUGCCGUUCUGGGAAGGGGACAUUUUGGAAAGGUGCUCUUGUCGGAAUAUAAAAAGACAGGACAACUGUUUGCCAUCAAAGCCUUGAAGAAAGGAGAUAUUGUUGCAAGAGAUGAGGUUGACAGCUUAAUGUGUGAAAAACGAAUCUUCGAGACAGUAAACCUCUCCAAUCAUCCAUUCCUGGUCAACCUAUUUGCCUGUUUUCAAACUCCCGAGCAUGUGUGCUUUGUGAUGGAGUAUACGGCUGGCGGUGAUCUAAUGAUGCACAUUCAUGCUGAUGUCUUCUCUGAACCUAGAGCUGUAUUUUACUCGGCUUGUGUUGUUCUCGGGUUGCAGUUUCUUCACGACAACAUGAUUGUGUACAGAGAUUUGAAGCUGGACAAUUUGCUUCUGGAUACACAGGGCUAUGUGAAAAUUGCUGACUUUGGACUCUGCAAGGAAGGUAUGGGCUAUGGAGAACGGACAAGCACUUUCUGUGGUACUCCUGAGUUCCUUGCUCCUGAGGUUCUGACAGACACAUCCUACACACGGGCCGUGGAUUGGUGGGGACUUGGCGUUCUUAUCUAUGAGAUGUUGGUAGGAGAGUCACCGUUCCCUGGAGAUGAUGAAGAGGAAGUUUUUGACAGCAUUGUCAAUGAUGAGGUUCGAUAUCCACGGUUCUUGUCUUCAGAAGCCAUUGCAAUAAUGAGAAGGCUAUUGCGAAGGAAUCCAGAGCGGCGGCUGGGAUCCAGUGAGCGAGACGCAGAGGAAGUGAAGAAACAGCCAUUCUUCAGAGAAAUAGAUUGGGAAGCCUUACUGGCAAAGAAAGUGAAGCCACCUUUCAUACCUACCAUCAAAGAUCGGGAAGAUGUCAGCAACUUUGAUGAGGAAUUUACAGCAGAAGAAGCAAAACUGACACCCCCAAGGGAGCCUCGCAUUCUCAGUGAGAAGGAACAAAUCAUGUUCAAGGAGUUCGAUUAUGUCUCUGAUAACAAUUCAUGUUAAGCGACCUCUUUGUUCAAACAGUUCUUGAGACUGGUUUCAUAUUACCGGAACGUUAAGCCUUAAAAGCAGUGGAUAUGCGAUCAGUGCUCUGGAUGCAAUUACUUGCCUUCUUUUUAAAAAAGUUUUUAUUUAUAAAUAUAUAUAAAUAGGUGUGUAUUUCUUAGUACACUGUAUACUUUUCAAGGCUUUACAAAUCAAGAUCUUGUAAUCAAACUGACCAGAUGUAUCAAGAACCUGGACCAUUUUGUCUCUCCGCCCUCUGUUCUGAAGGACUCCCACAGCCCAUGCAUCCCAUGAGCAAGUUGCACUCUCCCUUUCCCAGACCAAAAGGUCCUUGGUUUCUGUGACACACCUUUUUGCACUGUCCCAAAGUGUCAAGCAUUCCACCUACCUCGGUCAGUUCACGAACAACACAAUAGUAACACUGUCUUCCCUCUCCUCCUCCACCACCCCUCCCCACCUGACCUCUGCUUGCUUCUCAUCUGUCACACUACAGUCCUUCUGGCAAAGCUAACUGUGUGAAGAUGGAUGAGCCUUGGGGAGUACUGAGGAACAGAGGAUCUGUACAAGCCCAAGGAUUUAUGCUGUUCAGGUCAAUGAUGAAGAAGGCACUUUGGAUACUCAUUACUCAGGUCCUGAAGCACAAACAGAGAGGUCGGUUACACUUUUAAAUAGCACUGGUCAGGCCUGCAUUUCACUGUGGAAUGGUUAUUCAGUGCAGUUCUCAUGGCUGUCCCACAGGAAGGAGCUGAUAACACUGGAGAGGCCGCAGAAGAGAUCUAUCAGGGAAAUAAUCAAGACAGAAUGUUACAUGGAGAGUUACAGCAGGAAUCAGGCCCUUCAGCCCACCCAGUCUAUGCCAACCGUCAAUGACUCAUUGAAACUAAUCCUACAUUUACCUUGAGUGUAAUUCUUCCCACUUUCCCACCCUUUGCACUCCCUCGAAGUUCUGCCACACACCUAUAUACUAGGGGCAUUUUGCAGAGGCCAGUAAUAUGGGAUAUGGGAAGAGACUGGAGCACUGAAGGAAAAAGCCACAGAGAUCCAGGGACCACCUGAGGUUAGGAUUGAACUCAGGUCACAGGAGUUGAGAGGCAGUGGCACCACUAUCCCAUCUGUUUCAUUUAUCAGGAGAGGAUGGGAUGCUGAGGGAUGACUUCCUGAUAAGAGGUUUACAAAAUUUCAAGCUAAAGGGUUGGAAAGAUGGUGGGAAACUUCAAUAUCAAAAGUAAAACGAAAUGGCAUUUGUUUAGUGUGAAGGGUCAGAAAGUUCUCUCCCCGAGGGCUUUUGGAAUUGAACACACAACCUGAAAGUGUGCAGGCAGAGAGACUCUCAGUGUUUCAGAAGGAUCUAGAGAUGCUGUUGCAUCCCAAGACAGUGAAUAAUACAGACUGGAUGCUGGUAAAUGAUCUUGUGAUGGCUACUGGAUGAGUCGUGUAGACUGUCUCACCUGUACUGAGCUACCACUCACUCACCAUUCACUCCUGCACUGAAUUCUCUGUCACCUUUCACACUGGGACCCUCCUGCACCAAGCCCUCUGUCACUCACCAUCAUUGCUGUGGUCUGCCUGCACCGAACUCUCUGUCACUCACAUUGCGUGCUGUGGUCUGCCUGUAAUAAGCUCCCCAUCCCUCACUGUUCAUGCUGCGUAUGGCUUGUGUGCCUUAUUAGUCGAGACACUGAGUUCAAAAGUCAGGAAGUUAUGCUGCAGCUUUAUAAAACUCUGGUAAGGAUGCAUCUGGACUAUUGCAUUCAAUAUGAUCACCCCAUUCUAGAAAGGAUGUUGGAGGCUUUGGAUGUGGCACAGAAGAGGUAUACCCUAAUGCUUUGUAGAUUAGAAUGCAUGUCCUCGAAGGAGAUGUUGGACAAACUUUGUAUUGUUUUCUCUUACAGCUUUGGAGGCUGAUGGAAGAGCUGAUAAAAGUUUAUAAGAUUACAAGAGGGUGAGACGCUGAUAUAAUUUGGCCGUGGUCAAAAUGCUUAAUACUAAAGGGCCUACGUUUAAGGUGUGAGGGGGUAAAUUUAAAGGAGGUAGCUACACUUUUUUUUAACAAAAUGGCAUGUGUUGUAAUGCACCACCAAGGUUGGUAGUGAAGACAAAUACCAUAGUGCCAUUUAAGAGGCUCUCAGAUAAGACACAUGAAUGUGCAGAGAAUGGAGGGACAUGGACGUAGCAUAGGUAACUAAUUUAAUUAGGCAUCAUUAGGUCAUUUAGUUUGACCAUAGCUCUGUAGAAGUGAAAUUAGUGUAGAUGGUGACAAUGGGAUGAAGGAUCUCUUUAUGCACUGUGCAACAUCAAACACGGCCCCACCAUGUCCAUGGUUCCAGAAGCUCCCUUGAGCCACACUGCUAUCACUAAAUGCCUGAUCCCUCAGUCUUCUGGCAUCUUGUCAGUCACACGGUCGCUCUGCCGAGUCAGUGCUUCUCCCAGCACUCGGUGCACCCUGACACUUGUGCAAUUGUACUCACUGGGUGAGAUCUCUGCUGCAAGCCAUUGUGCUGAAUGGAGAAGCUGUAGGUGUGACUGCGUGUCUGAAGAUGCCCUAUUGCCAGACCGGGGGGGGGGGGGGGGCAACAGUGUUCAUAACACUCUGGUGGUUUUGAGCUCACGGUAUCAGAUGGAGGCAAUGUGAUAUGGCUGACACAAUUACAAGGCUCAGGACAAAUUGCAGAUAAAUGAGUCUGGUAUAGAUGGGGAUUUUAUACAGUGUGUGACAGUGUGUUUCUGUGCUCUGUACCCUGUAAUUGCCACCCAUGGUCUCACACUUACCACAGUGCAGUCAUAGCAGAAUAGUGCUGUGGACUUGAGUCACCACAGGCAUGGUGGCCUUCGAUGUGUCAUACACAGUCCACCAGCACUUCUGUUCACACCUCAGGUACCUUGUUACAGUCCCACUGUGUAAAUUUCUCGGCCUAAAACAAAUGCUGAUCUAUGGGAGCGUUCUGGCUGCUGGGACUUCCAUUUUUUUUCUCUAAGCUCCGCUGCCUUACUAACAGCAGCUGGAGAACACAGCCGGAUGUUGGUAUAGUCAGAUAUCUACCUGGUUCCAGCUACACCCAGCUGUUGCACUGUGAGAACUGAGCAGUCAGUGGUGGCUUUUCCUGUGGUGCCCAGCUCCAGGAGUGAAUGAAGAUUUCAUACUGGAUUUCCAGAGCCUGAAGACCCCUGUCACCGAACGGGUAGUGUGACGGCGAAAGGCCAUUCUGUCCACCCAGAGAUGGAUUUCAUCAGCUCCACUGGCUGAGCCUUGUACCCGCCUGCAGAUUAUUUCCUCUCCACCUUGAAUGGCCAAGUGUUUACAACCCCACCAGGUUUUCAGUCCCAGGCCACACAGCACACGGCAGAAAAUUCCUCAUGCUGUAGUCACACUGGCCUGCAACAGUCCUUUCGGCCCACUGAGUCUGUACCAGCCAUUACCCAUCUUCUUAUGGAAAUCUUAUCCUCAUCCCAUUUUUCUCCUGA